AUGUCCCCAACCUCUGAUCUCCAUUUCCAGGUCCAUGACCAGCGUUUUGCAACAAUCAUCGGUGAAACCCCGAUCAUAGAACUGGUAGCAGAGAAUCUAGACUACCCAUUCGCUCACGAGGCUGGCGUCUUUUUCCCUGGCACCCAUACCCUCUUCUGUACCAGCAACCGGUGUGUUGGUUCGGACGGACAGCAAAAGGUACACAUUACCCGCGUGGACCUCAGCGAGACACCAGCUAUGUGCGAGGAUAUUCGUGCAGACAUUCCUAUGGCCAAUGGUGGUAUUAACUACGGCAAGGAUCAUAUCCUCUUCUGUGCCCAGGGGUCCAUGACUGAGAGAAGCGGCUUCUACUGUAUGUCUAUAACUGCGCCGUACAGGACGGAACUUUUAAAGGGAGACUUUUUCGGUCGACCGUUUAAUUCUGUCAAUGACGUGGUGGUACACUCGGAUGGAUCGAUCUGGUUUACUGAUCCCAUCUACGGCGCUGAACAGGGCUAUCGGCCUCAACCAUGCCUACCUAACCAGGUGUACCGAUGGUGUCCAGACACUGGUAGUAUCCGAGCGAUGGCCGAUGGGUUGGGGAAACCAAAUGGCAUCUGCUUCUCACCAGACGAGAGGGUUGUUUAUAUUACCGACACCGAUCGAGUUCAGGGUGAUGGGACUGUCUAUGAUCACCGCGUGUCUUCAAUUUACGCCUUUGAUGUAUCGACCUAUUAUGGAGAGCCGUUUCUCACCAACCGGCGACUCUUCGCUAUGGCAGACCAGGGAUCCCAGACGGCAUUAAAUGUGACCGAGGGGGGAAUGUGUACAGUGGCUAUGGGGACGGGAUUCAUGUGUGGUCCCCGGGGGGGAUUCUCUUGGGCCGGAUUUUGA